AUGUCCUCGCAGCCGCAGCCGCCUCCCAGCCUCAUCAGCACACUCCUCCACAGCAGCAUCCGCCUGCACCGGUCACGGUACAACCUCCCCAGCCUCGUUCUCGUGGUCCUAAUCACUUCUGGGUGCAUCUCGACUCUCCUCGCGAUCCUCCUCGUUUCACCCUCGCCAGUCCCCCAGCACCGGCACCGCGUAAUCGCCUUCCUCCCGUUCAGCGUAAUAAUCUUCACCUGCUGGUGGCUGCUCUGGAGCUUCCGCACGCCCGUCAUUGGCGACGUCUCCGACGACGCCGAGGGCGGUGCACACACACACGCACACGCACACGCACGCGCGGAUAAGCGCGGGCCGACGUGGCGCCGCCACCCGCCGCCGACGACGACGCCGCCGCAGGUCGUCACCCUGCCCGCGGCGAUUGCGGGGCGCCAUGGGCGCGGGAGGGAUAGUGCUGGCAUGAGGCUUGUGGUGCCGUCGGUUAGGUCCAGGAGUGGGUCUGGGAGCACGGAUGCCACGGUCGUGGGCGUGGGGCUGUCCAGGGAGACGACGAGGACCGGCGGCGGGGCGGGACUGUCCAGGGAGACGACGAGGACUGGCGGCGGGGCGGGACUGUCCAGGGAGACGACGAGGAGCCAGAGGGAGCAGAUGCUCGGAAGAGUCGUGGUCAAUGGGCUGAAGAGAGGCGGGAGCACGGCGAGUAGGAAUACUACCGCGUCGGCGAAGGAGCGGCUGGAGGUUAAUACCGGUGGCCUGAGCAGGACUAUGUCCACGCGCAGUGAUGCGCCGGGGUUGCCUACCUAUCACUCGUUGUCGCGAUGGAACGGCUUCGGUCCGAGAAUCGAGAAUGGCUACAAGACCAGUAGAUAUAUCACGGGCACACGCAAUGCCCUUCUUCCGAGCCCGCAAGUAUACGGAUACAUCGUGAGAGCUCUUCUGGUGCAGUCGUAG